AAGCAGAAACCAUGGACAAAUCAUCUGACCCCAAAAAAAGGACAAGAAGAGGUGUAGUAGCUAAUUGAAUAAAUAAACAGUGCAUAAUAGUGAACGGUGACAUGUAAGUACAAAAAAAACAUGAUUGUCUGCAGGCCAAAACUACUUCAGUGUGAAAAUGCUUAGCACUAAUCCUGCGUUGUGUCUUACAUUGCUUGAUUUUUUAAAAAUGUUUUUAAUCAUAACUUGGUAGUUUUCCAUUUAGGGGUACAUCUAACCAAGACUGUAUCGUCUAGUUAAUACAGGAAAUAUACUGGAUAGCCUUACGGACUACUCCCUUACCGAAAAAGAACUAAAUCUGCCUGCUAAACGAUUAAGGAAUAGCACCAUUUAGGUAUUUUGCUGAGAGAGAAUUACGAGCUAAGUUUGGAAUCGUAUUGCUGCUUACGAAAAGAUGGACCUUUACAAAAAAAUAUCACCAUAUCAAUGAAUGAGAUUAACAGUGGCCAAUAGACAGACAUAACAUUUCAUAAAGUAGAAUUAGAGAAAGUUAAACAGAAUUUAAUUUCCAUUUUUGACAAGUAAACAGCCACACAAAAAAGACCAUUUCAAUAUUGGUUUCUCUACAACCAAACAUAGUGAUACGCUAAAAUAUACAGUUAGAGAUGUUUCUGAGAAAAUGGCCAUUUUGGUUGUCUUUUUAGUGAUUGGACAUUUAACCUGAGGUGCAGAAGAGAAACCAACGCCAUUCAUCAAGAUGACUCUGUCGCCAUUGCACCAUGCAGAACUCUGGAACUAAUAACAACACAAAUCCAGCUAUUAUUACUAAGAAUUUCUUAUUUCCUUGAAUAUAUACAUACAUACAGAAAACAUUUCUCUAUCUGCAUGUUUGAUACAUUAAGUCAAAUUAUUUCUGGCUUUCCGGCACAAGUCCUCCCCGACAUUUGUAAGCUUCAAUGUUCUACUCCUUGUAUCAAAAACUGGUGUAAUUGGUGUUAGUAGAGGCCAUUACCUUCCUUCAAAAUGUUAUGAAGUGGUAACGGCCUUGAAUGUGAAAUAACGACAUUAAGAUCCUUUUCCAAGCAAAAAAAAAUGAUAGAAAUGGAAUUCUGCAGUUACUAGGAAACAUCUUUUAAUUGUCACAUUGAAACUCAUGGAAAAUACUGAGAUGUGUUGUUAGUUAUAGGAGUUACAUCACAAAAUUUUGAGUAGUUUUUGUUACAUAGAAAAUUGCCUUUUAAAGAAUUAAGGAAACCGUAAAAGUCUAGUUUGAUAGUCUGACAAACACUAAAGAGGAAGAAAAUAAGCCAGAAAGAUACCACGAUGGUCAAGGAUGGAGAAGAUAAACAUGGAUUGCAAAUGACGAACUUGAAAAAAAUUGGGAUAAAUUUUUCAAGAUGUACAAACCAUGACGUAUCUCCUUUAAAUCACUAAUAAAAGUUUCAGUUAUAUUAAUCAGGGUCUUUAAUGUGCGGAAAGGCUAUUUUUAAUUCCCUGCGUAAAGAUAAUUUUGUUAUGCAUUAAUUCGGCAUUUCACUCCAAAAUUUUGUUACAUCAUAAUUCAUUUUGGGAUACAAUGAUUCGCAAAUGUAAUUACCUUGUAACAAAAUAAUAAAAAUGUAAACCAUCAAUAUCGUUUAAUUAUUCACUUUCUUCUUUUGUUCCUCUACAAGAGUACAUACACAACUGACCACUUUGUCCUCGCGUAUCCUUUGCAGGUUACAUAGAGCCUCUCUGACGUGGCCUAGAGUGUAUGGAAUGGGGUAGUCUGACGUGGAGUAUGCCGAUUUAUGGGUGAAUUGCCUUAUCACUCUUUUCUUUACCUUUUUGGGUUUUUGUUCCCAACUAAUAUGACUGUUACUGCUAUGAAAAAUCAAUAAGAAUUCCCCUGCAAAGGGCACAAGUUCAAAAAUAAACCAAGGUUAACCCUCCACGCUAACAUAUCACUUCUCACUGCUGUCCACAUAUUUCAUGAUACUCAGAGUUGGGAGAAUCUACUUAAACAUCUAGACACUUUUUCUACAGGACAGGGUCGGGUUGUUCGAAAGACGAGUUGAAUUAACCUCAGGUUAGGCCUAACGGGAGAUUAAAUUUCUAUACCACAGGUUUGUUAGCUCCUGGUUAAAAUUGCAUUGUUCAAAGCUGGGUUAAACGACAGGUUAGUUAACCUUGGGUUAACGGUGAUAACGCGAGGUUAGCAUUCCACAAUACACUAGGAAUUUUCUUCUGAGUUUGUUGUUUACAACCGGCGAAAAGCACUAACAUGCCUCCCAGGUUUCAAUUUUGACAGAGAAAGUAGAGGAAAACUUGGCCAUUCUGCAGAGUAAAUUCACUAAUAGUGUUACAGACUUGAAGAAAUACAGGUGUGGUCGGAAAUUAUCACAGCGGUAAACGCUGUUGGAGUGGACAAGCCCACUGAAUCAGAGGUCGACGAAAGAUGGAAAAAUCUUCAUUCCGCUGCCAAAAGAGAAUUCACAAAAUUCCGUAAAGAAAGCAAGAAAACUUGCGGAGGCCCUGCCCCAAAAGAAAUAUCAGUGACAACUUCAAAAGUUAUUGAACUUUUCCAGGACACUUCAUCGUUUGUAGGCCUAGUGGGAUUUGAAACAAAUUGUCCAAAUGGUAAGCCACCAUUUUAAACUUUCAUUUCCGCAUUAUGAGCUUAACUUUUUGUUUUAUAACGUCACAAGCUGGUCUCUCUUCAGCUCAACAUCACCAGUUUCAAGUAGUAAGUCAUCUAAGAAAAAGUGGGUAAACAGAUUAAGCAUUAUUAACGCUUGUUUCAGUGUUUUUUGUUAGCACUUAACUGCUUUUGCGAUGUGUAGGUCACGAAAGUUGACCUCAUCGAGUCCCCGACUUUUGAAAUUAAGUAUGGUGUUUCUGUCCCUUUGUGAGCAAGAAAAGUUGAAAAUAUCUUUUAGGAGAAUGAAUAGCAGUUAUUUCAUUUUAAACGAGACCAACCAAAAAAGCAAAACCAGCUACUCGGCAACUUUAAAAACAAAUACAACUUUUUAGCAACUUUUAGAUACUUUUAUCGGGAACUUGUGGCUAAGCGUGUCACUGGAUAUCGCAUCUAAUAAUUCAGCAUGGUCAUCAGAUUCGACAUCAAGGUGUGGCAGCGACUGUGGCGAAAAAAAGAACAAAAUACUGGAUUACUCGAGCGCAUGACCUGGUGAAGUCAAUAAAGUUCCGUUGCCUGGUUUGCCGAGAAAUUGUAGCAAAAGUUGAAUCACAAAUCAAUGCAGACUUACCACAAAGUCCUCUCGCUCCAUUUACUCCACUGUUUCAUAACACUUCGUGUGAUUAUUUUGAUCCCUACCGUGUAUGAAUUAACCGUAACAAAGUGGUCGAGCAUUAUGGUGUCAUCUUUACAUGUCUGAACAGUAGAGCAGUUCAUCUUGACGUUGCAGCAGAUUGCACCACUAUGGAAUACAUGCAGGUGCUAAAAACAGUCUUUGCCUUAAGAGGAGUACCCGAGUUGAUGAUAAGUGACAAUGGUUCCCAGCUAGUUGGCACUGAACGAGAGCUUCGAAAUAUAAUUGAAGGAUUGGAUACAGAAAAAUUCAAGAGUUCUCUGCUGAAAAAGGAAUGAAGUGGAAGUUCACAACACCGGCCGCUCCCCACCAGAAUGGUUGUGUGGAAGCUUUAGUAACGAGCUGCUAGAUCGCAUUACAAAGGUAAUUGGAGAGCAAACACUGACCCCACUCGAGCUGCAGACAUGUUUCGUAGAAGUUGCAAAUUUGGUCAACCAGCUUCCAAUGGGCCACAUCCCAAGUGAUCCAGACGACGGCACAUAUCUUUGUUUGCACGAUGUUACUUAGAAGAGUGUCAUCUAGAGUUCCUCAAGGAGCAUUCAGACACACUAAGAACCCCCGACAGAGUGGAGUUUGUCCAGAAAAUAGAUUCGUUUUGGACACACUGGAUAAGAGAUGUGUUCCCUUCGUUACUGCCUAGGAAGAAGUGUUAUGAAGAGAAACAGAAUGUUCGAGUUGAUGACUUUGUGUUAGUGAAAACUCCUGAUGCAAUUUCUGGAAUGGUGGCUGAGUAGUCAGUGUCUAACCUGGACAGGAAACAUUAGUCGGAAACGUUAGUCAGAAACGUUAAAGUCAAGACAUGCUCAGGAGAAUAUGACAGACCCAUCACUAAAAUUGCUGUGGUAUACUGGGCAGAAGGAUACUGUGACGACGACCAGAGAGGAUGAGAGCUAAUGCCCUCAUUGGGACAAGUGUUUUAUUGCGUGACAUUUGCUAAGAAAAUGACGUUUGUCUUCAUCAGUUUUGUACUUAUGCAACAGGAUUGGCUUUUUACAGACACGUUUAGUAGGGGAUUACAGUAUGAUUACAAACUUGUAGGUUUUAUUCGUUUUUAUGGAUCUGGUAAUAACACUGGAAUCCUGGCACGA